AUGCCUGUUGAUAUCGCUAAAAGAUCAGACGGUAAUUACGACACCCACUUCUAUGCUGGUCAAGAUGAGAUUGGCAAGGAUGGUGUUUUGAGGAUUGCAAAGGCUUAUAGACAAAAGGUGGCAUAUCCAGAUUUUUUGCCGGCUUGGAAUCCUAAUGAAAAGUAUCCACCUUUGGAAUUCCACAAGUUUGAAGACCCUGGUCUAAGAGCCGAUCCAUCUUUCCCAAAUUUGUUGAAUGGCAAGGUCACUUUAAAGCCAAUUACUCCAAAAUUAGGUACCGAGAUUAAGGGCUUACAAUUAACUCAAUUGAGUGACGCUGCCAAAGAUGAAUUGGCUUUGCUCAUUGCUCAAAGAGGUGUUGUCAUUCUUGAAGAUCAGGAUUUUGUCGACAAGGGCCCUGGAUACGCUGAGGAAUACGGCAGACAUUUCGGGAAGUUGCACAUCCACCAAACAUCCGGUGCUCCGGAAGGCCAUUCGCACUUGCAUGUGACUUUCAGGCGUCCUGACCGUACUGAAUUCAAUAGAGUUUUCAGAGACAAAACUACUUCUAUUGGUUUCCAUACUGAUGUCUCUUAUGAAUUACAACCGGCUGGUUAUACCUUCUUUGCUCAAUUGGAAGGUCCAGAAUCUGGUGGUGACACUUUGUUUGCAGACACGAUUGAAGCUUUUGAAAGACUGUCGCCACAUUUCCAAGAGUAUUUGAGCACAUUGCACGUGAUUCACUCUUCAAAAGAGCAAGCGUUCAAUUCAAAGAGUAACGGUGGUAUUCAAAGAAGAGCACCAGUUACCCACAUUCACCCAUUGGUUAGGGUUCAUCCAGUUUUGAAAAAGAAAUCAUUGUUUGUUAAUAGAUCUUUCUCAAGAAGAAUCGUAGAAUUGAAAACACCAGAAUCCGAUUUAUUGUUGGACUUCUUGUAUAGUUUGGUUGAAAACUCCCACGAUUUGCAAUUGCGUGCUAGAUGGGGACCCCGUACCGUUGCUGUCUGGGAUAACAGAAGACUUCAACAUUCAGCUUCUGUGGACUGGGAAGAUCCAGUCACCAGGCACAACGUAAGAAUUACUCCACAAGGUGAAAGACCGGUAGAGGAUCUAAAGUAUUUGAAUGACCCAACUUAUUUCCCGCACCGUGACGAAGAGGAGGAAGAAGAUGACGAUAGAGUAGUAUACUCCAAGUAUUGA